AUGGAUGACAUGAGCAUGGGGACUCCAUGGCUUGACCAGCCCGUCAUGUUACAUUCCUCGCGGGCGUACAAGUGCUCACUCAAGUCACCAGCACAAUGUCUGUACCAACAGGGCUACUGGAGGUUCUGGUACGAAGCCGACCAUCGCUAUGCCUUACCGACCGUUGCCUUCUUCCUGACGGCCAUCAUCCUGUUCGCAAUACCUUUCGUCCUCAACACAAUAUGGCCCGGAACGACAUCGAAGAAUCGAGCGACGCGGAAGCUGACUGCUCUCGGUCGAUUCCUCUCCUACCGACAGUAUCGCAUUGGAAAGCUCAACUGGAACUCAGCACCACUCGGCGUCCUCUUGCUCGGCGCAGUUGGAACGAUCUUCUUCUUCUCCAUGACAUUGGGCCCGAAACCGUACUACUGGCCAACGAACGCAAAGUUUGGCAACUCGCCGCCGAUUGCGACUCGCGCCGGCUGGAUGAGUCUCGGAUGUCUGCCUUUCGUCAUUGCCACGAGCUCGAAGAGCAAUCUCAUCACGGGUUUUACGGGUGUCAGCCACGAGAGGCUCCAGGUCUUCCAUCGAUGGAUCAGCUACGCCAUGUUCGUUCUGGCACUGAUUCACACCUUCCCUUUCAUCAUAUUUCACAUCUGGAAAGGCGACAUGACGACACAGUGGAAUACGUCCGUGGCCUACUGGACGGGUGUCGUAGCCAUCAUCGCGCAGGCGUACCUCACCUUUGCCUCACUCAGUCCGCUGAGGAACAUGUGCUAUGAGUGGUUCAAAUUCUCGCAUUUCCUCGCUGCUCUGGUGUUCGUGCUGUUCUUCUUCUUCCACUGCGACUUCCGCCUCAGUUCCUGGGACUAUUUCGUUGCCACGGGCGUUUUGUUCGGCUUGACAUGGCUUCACUCCCAACUGCGAAUUUAUUUCCAGCAUGGCAUCGGCAAGAAAGCGACCAUUUCGUUGGUGUCGAACGGAUUCAUCAGAGUCGGCAUUCCGACGAAGACAACGUGGAGGGCUGGUCAACACUUCUUCGUGCGCUUCGUGGGACUGGGCACGCACGCUCUUACCUCACACCCGUUCACCGCCUGCUCCCUUCCCACGAAAGCCAACUUCUACGAAGCACAAGAUUCCGAGCUAGUCUUCUUCAUCAGACCACAGGGAGGCCUGACAGCAAGGUUGGCCAAGUACGCGGAGAAGCAUCCGGGUGGCAAGAUGAGGGCGAUGCUUGACGGACCAUAUGGCGGUAUCGACAUGCCUAAGCUCGCGACGUAUGAGAGAUUGCUUGUGCUGGCAGGCGGCUCUGGUGCUGGAUGGUGUCUGCCUCUCGUCGAGGCGUUCCUCCGACGUAAAGAUUGUGUUGAGUGUUGCAAUGCGCCGACUGGUGGCGAGAAGGUCGACUGCAACAUCCCAUCGAUGAAGGUCGUCCUCGCGACUCGUGACCUGGCAACGAGGAACUGGUUUCAAGAGGCCAUCAGCGAGCUCCUCACCGACUCGCUUGUCGGGAAAUGUCCCCCCGGCCUGGUCGUCGAGGUCCACUACACUGGCAGCUCAGAGAAUGCAGAGAAUCCCAAGCGAACAGGCCAGUUCCUGCACAAGCUAGACGAGCCGGAGAAGGCACCAGACGCGGACGUCAUUUCUCACAGCGGAGAGACAUCCUCUGAUUCUGAGUCGGAGACCGCGAAAGGUGUCCCGAGCGGGUCUGGCCUCUCCCUUCGCGACUUCAGCUGCAGACCCAACAUGCAGGCACUCGUCGCAGAAGAGUGCUCUUCGGCCGAAGCAUGUCGGUCGAUGGGUGUGUUUGUGUGUGGGCCGGGGAGUAUGCAGAGCGAUGUCGCGAAUGCCGUUGCGAAGGAGCAGAUGGCUGCUAUGAAAGACGGACAGAGGGAUGUUUAUCUGCACAUGGAGCAUUUCUCGUGGGCGUAG